AUGACAUCACAAACGGUUGUACCUCGAUUCGUAAAAGCAGUCGUUGGGUACGGGCGAAAGAUCGCGUUCACUCGACCUGACCUUGGGACCGUAUCAAGUAUUGAGUUCAAAUUUUGCCCGUGGGAUAAAAAGUCGUUGUCGGCCAAGCAAGCGUGGAUGAAAAUAUGCGGGGAAAGAGUUCGACGAAGCAACAGAUUCUGUUUGAUCAAAUCCAAUGUUUUGCAUGAUGGCUCCGAACCAAUGGUGGGAAUCACAUUCAAUGACGAUGAAAAACUUGUUAUUCAUUCAGAAAACCUUAACUGUAAUGAAAUUAUGUACCAUAUUAAUGCAUUUUGUAUUAACAAGGAAUCAACAAAGUCUGACCUUCCUAAGGCUUUGUUUUGA